UUUGUUUAGGCUCUCUGAUUGGUCGUGACGUGCGUGAAGUUCUGCAGUCAUUCAUAGAGGCAGUAGUUACCGUGUUUCCUUUUCCCCUAUCUCAGUUGCACUCUCCUGCACUUGAUUGCACAGUUCAGUCAUAUUCAUAUUCAUGUUCAUAUUGCUGAAAGUCACGGCCGUUACGUAUACGUAGAUUAUGUAUGUAACUGAACGAUGUAAUUGUUAAGUGUACGGUUAUCUUGAAAUCCUGAAUGAAUGUCGGGGGAGAGGUGAAGACAAGGGAAACUUUGGCGACUUUCCGUUACAGAAGGACCCGAUGACUGGAAGGAUUUAUAGUGUAAUGCCAGUUCUACAUUUAUCCAACAUUCUAAUGACUCGCGUGAUUUUAACACACAAAGUUAGGUUAGUGUCAAAUCCAGCUGGUAUUCAUAGAGAGAAUAGUACCUUGGUUAGGAGGAAAUUGGGGCAGUUGUUUCAAUGGUAUGAGGAGAUUACUGGUAUGGACGAAGUUCGAAUUGCGCAGAACCGGGUGCUUCAGGCAGAAGAGAGGUUUGUUUCAGCACAAGAACGAAGAAGAGAAGCCACUACAUUAGUAGCUGCAAUACAGAGCAAACUGAAAGAUUUAUAUGCAGAAUUAGAUAACACAACACGAGGAGAGGAACGAUAUGUGCACCUCAUAACUCAAGAACAUAGCAUUCUUAAGGAAGAAAGGUCAGCAGUACAAGAAUUCCAGAGGUACGAGCGGGAGGAACGGGAAUAUUUUGCGGCUCUAUCAUCAGCAGUUAAAGAAAGUCAUGAAAAGGAAAGGGCUCAAGCAGAAAGAACAAAAUAUUGGUCAAUUAUAGGGUCAAUAAUUGGGACUGUUAUUGGUAUCAUUGGGAGCUCAGUAAACAGUGAAAUGAAAAUGAGGGAAUUGAGAAGAUUCAUCAGGGAGUCAUUACAAAAACGUGAUGAUCAAGAUGUUUCAGCAAAUGUUCAAGAGGCUCUUUCCAGCCAUAUGAAACAACUGUCUGUAAUUGUUAAUGAAAUGAAAAAUAUUUCUUUCCUUCGGAGUGAUCAUGAUCUUGGUCAUCUUAAUGAACUUGUUCGCCUGUUGCACAAUAAAGUGAAUAGUGAAACAACCACUACAUCUCAAAUGACUGAUGAAAUUUUAAAGUCACUUAAGAAGCAGGAAGUUUGUUUUGAGAGGAACUUUCAGGAAAUGAAAUCGAUUGUCACAUCUCAGAAGAUUCAGAUUGCUGAUGAUCAGGUAGUAGUAUUACCUUAUAGUACAGAUGAAAGACUCCAGCAACAGCUACAAAAAUUCCAGUUGAUGGUCACCUGCUGUACCAUAGCUUCUAUUGUAGUACCAUUGUUAUGUAAAUAUUUUGGGCUUGUAUGAACUGCAGAGAACUUACAAAGUGAAAAGCGAUUAGCAGUUUGCCUAUUUCUGUCUCUUCAUUGUUGGGCAGUUUGCAAGUCAGUGGAACUGUCUUUGUGGCAAGUAAAGAGUUUGAUCCUGUAAAUGUAUAUAGGAUCUUUCACAAUUAUAUGUCAUAAAUUCAGGAUGGUAUUCCUAAAUUCAUUCUGAGUAAAAAAUGUUAUAUCAAUGUGGGUACAAUUUGGAAUGGUUACAGAGGUAUGGGGAGGGAAAUUUAAGAUGAUUUGAAUAUGAUUGUAAUAAGAAAUGGCAUUUAAUGGUUGUGCACAAUCUUACAUACCUUGGACUUUCACUGGUUUAAUAAAUUUUCAAAAUUUGUAUCUUUA